AAAGUUUGUGAUAGUAACAAAGAAUAAGGGUUUGAUAAUCCGUUGUAUUUUCUCUGGAAUAUCAUGAAUUCAUCAUCGUAUGGAACCGGCAUUGGUCAACAAGAAGAAAUCUUCUAUUCGACGUAUGAACCUACCAAAGAAGAAAUUUUGGAAUAUGCUUUAAAAAUUGGAAUCGAUCCCGAUAAAGAAACAAAUCUCAUCUAUCUCGCGAGACAAGGGUUGCUGCAUCCUUUGCCGGAAAAUUGGAAACCAUGUUACAGCAAACAAGUUAAAGCGUACUACUAUUACGACAGAAUAACGAAAAAGUCUCAAUGGGAACAUCCGAUCGAUGUACUGUACCGAGCGAAAGUAGCAGAUGCGCGGAAGGCACUGUCCUUAGAUCGAUCUGACUCUACGUCGUUAGGUGAUUCUGGCUUUCGCAGUCUCAAAUCCGCGAACAACAAAUGCGACCCGUGCGCUAAUGUUUACCAACCGGAUGCUUCAAAUCAGAACCAUGAAAUCGUUAUUCCCCCAUCUGUUCAUAUUUCGACUGAUCUCAAAGCAGGUAAGAAGGAAACAGACCAACGAUUUGUGCGGGACAAACUAGACACUGCUUUAGAACUGGGUCAAAUCGAAGGAACACAUUCCGAGCAUAUGACAUCUGGGCAAAUCGAUGCGGAAGAGGAAGAGGAAAGUGAUUCGUACAAAAAGAACAACAGUCAAGAAGCAGUGAUAACAAGCACAAAAUAUUCUGGUGCAAAACAGCGAAAUUCCGCCAUGACUCUGUCAUCGAAGCUAUUAUUCAACAUCAGUAGCAGCGUACGAGAAGGCACGGUCGAAACACAUGGACCAAACGAAACACCGGUUUUGAGUGGUAGAAUGGGGUUAACUGCUCACGCCCAGAGCUUCACGAUCACUGGCACGGGAUCGCAAUUUUUAAAAUCAAAUAAAAAGCCAGAAUUUGGAGGGUUGGAAAUAGGACGUAAACUAGAGCCGGAAGUGAAAGGCAUUUUGCGUGACUCGAGUUUGACGUAUGUCCGCAACAAAAGCACUCCAAACGAAGAUUCUGGCUCGGACGAAAGAAAAAGCGUGCGGUUCGACAUCGAUCUAAAUGCGGAGCUGAAACCGAGUAAGGAAACAGUGCGCGAUGAUUCUUUGAUUAAUUUUGAAGAAAUUGACGAAGCGUACGAUAACGAUUCCGAUGACAAACGCGACCGGGUGGAUGAAGAAGAUGGCUACGAUGAAGCUGACAACGAAUCGGAGGUGCUGGAGAAUGUAACGGGAAAUAGAUAUCAAACCGUGUACAAGCAAGCGGACAUAGGUCUGGGCGUAGAUGAUGUUGAGCAACUAUCAUCAUCGGACUCAGACGUACCGGUGGUUACGGAUAAAAUUGAUCGCAUGGAGACAAGGCCUGGGCAAACCGUUCCAGAUGAUCGUGGGGUAGAUUCUGCACGACUGCUGAAACAAACAUUAGACCGCGAACGUACGAGGUACCGGGCGAGGCUAGAGGAAGAACUAAGUGCCCUGGAAACUCUCGAAGAAGCUAACUUACAAAAAGAAUUAGCCAAAGUGCACCAACGAUACGAGGAGUUGCUAGAAAAGGAAAAGAAAAAACUGGAAGAGCAGCAUCAGCAAAAUAUCAAUGAAAUCAAAGAAUUUUAUCAGGUAAAGCUGAACGAAAUGAAAGCUGACUACGAAGAAGAAAACGCUAAAGAAUAUACAGUUUACCGGGAAACUCUACAAGAGGAGUUCGAUCGACGUGUUCAGGAGGUUACGGAUGAGCAUCGAGCUACAAUGGCAACGCUUCAAAAAAAUCACGACGAAAUUGUCGAGGAGCUCGAGCGCGAUCUAAAGACCGAGGAGGAACUGCUUAAAAAGGAGCACACCACCAACCUUACGGAAAUGAAAAUCAAGUUGAGUCAUGAACUGGAAGUAGAAAGGCAGCGUAUGCGGGAGACGGGUGAAGAUCGUUUGUACGAGAAAGUACGCUGUGAAAAGCGCUUGCUGGAGGACAAGUACAAAUGUCUGAAGGAAAAGUACACCCGUUUGAAAACGGAUGUUCGCAUCUCUCUGGAGCGACGUAAGAAACGCCGGGAGCAACAGCAACAUAGUUUGCUCAGCAAUAGCUAUGAAACGGAUGAUCGUACGAACUCAAAACCACUACCGCCCUAUCCGUAUGACAUUGGGAAGGGUAUUUCGGGCCCGUCGUCAGGCCACACAGUGCUGACGUCUGAAAAAUCAUCCAUCAGCACGCCGCCUCCAUCGGCCGCUUCCAAGCGCUUCCCGGUCAAAGGCAGUUACCUGUUGGAGGGCAAAAAUAAACUCCUUCACUACAACGGUAUCAGCGGACCCUCGGACUCGCGAAAACCCCUGAUGACGAACCAGAAUAACAAUAACAACGUAAAUAACAACAAUAAUAUUCCCCGUACGAUGCAAACCGAUGAUACGAGCCAGAGCGAGACGACGUAUUCGAAGAACUAUUUUCAAAUACGAAACAUAUUCGCUAGCGUCCAGCAGUGUGAAGGCAACAUCAGCUCGGACUCGGAGUUUGAUAAACAGCACCGAGAGAAAGGAGUGCCUAUCAUGGCUAGUGGCAUUCCUCAUGCCAAGGUGGAAGCGGCAGCGCGUCCGAAGCGCAAGAUCUUUACCAAAACCAAGUCCGCCUCCACGUCGAAACUGAACGCUACCAAACACGAACGGGAAGCAGGAAGCGGUCGACCGUGUACUCCUGUGGAAAACCUUCGCAUUCAGCUCAAGAAGCUGGAGGAGUUAGAGGAUCAAAUUCCAGAUUGCAACCUCGACGCUCCAUAUCAUCUGCGGUAUCCAUUCGUUCAUGAUCAUGUGGAAAAUAGCGGAACCGGAAAUGUGGAUGGUGUCGGAGCUGGAGGCGCCACUGGAACGUGCGGUGCGAUAGGAUCAAGCAAUGGAAGUAGCGAAUUAGAAUUUUUCAAACAUCGCGUUCUACUCGAGCGGGAUUCCGUAAUGCGCGCCAAAGAGUCCCUACGAGCGCAGAAACACCUAUUCAAAACAAAGCAACACGACGUUUCCAUCAAACAUGCCAUGAAGAACAAGCACACCAUGGAUCAAAUAUUUAACGAAGAAAAAGAGCUUACCGAAAUGGAAGUAUCACUGCACCGAACCCGUGCUAUACUUGGUGAGAAAGUAAUCAGGUUGCGUCACCUUGAGCGCUCUUUGCAGAAACUUUCAGAAAAAGAACGCCCAAAAAUGCGAUCGGACGGUAUCGACCGGGCGCUCCAACCCAAGGAAACGCUAAGCGAUUUAUCAUCCUAUUCGAGCUCCGGCUUCAGCAGUAACGAGUUACCAAUCGCAGAGCACAAUUAUGGCCAACUGCGCACAACAAUGGCACCGAGCAAUGAUGAUCCCUUUAAAUAUCUGGAACAUCUGCAUGCAGAGAUUCAGGAAAUUUGGAGCCUUCUCAACCCCGGCACAGGCUCAGUUUCGGUAAGCUUUGACGAAAUGGAUUUCCUUAACAACACCAACACGAUUACAGGUAAUCGAAUCUGCGAUAUGGUUCUCCCGCCAACACCGGCUACACCAAUCACCACUAAAUUGUCAUCGGUAGCCCAACCGAUGGGUGUCCACUUGCAAAACCAACGUCAUCGUUACACAGUAAAUCUGCUGGAAAAGACUCGUGAUCUGAAAAACUGGCUUCGGAAUGCCAAAAGUGAGCAUGAAAUGUUAAAGAAAAAUACAUUCGGCUAA